AUGGACCCAGAGGCUUUAAAAGCAUCUUUGCUGGAUGUUGUCGUGCCACAAGACACCACCACAGAUCUUGCUGAGUUGCUGGAAACCUACUCAGAGACGACAAAUGAUACGGGUCGCCUGGUUACCAUCAAGGAAAGAGACACCUUGUUCUUCGAUGAAAAGCUGAGGACACUCGCAAUCCUCCAAGUGCCUCAUUGCGACGAAGAUGUGUUGAAGGCUUUCCUGGCGCGUCUGUCAUACAAAGUCGACGCCUGGGCUCUCGAUGAGUCCAUUAGCAAUGAACCGCCAGCCACCCCAUCGACACCAGCCAGGGACCUCGUCUCCUCGUAUGAAGGCAUCCAGGAAAGCGAACCUUUAGUUCUCGCCAGUCAAUCAAGCGACAAUGCUCGAAUAUUGACUUUGAUAUGGGAAAUUCAGAUGCCCCUGAAUAGGCCUAGAUUCCGCCUUCCUCAGCCAAGCAUUGUGUUCAUCCCCUCGGCCACAAUAAGUCCUCAGCAGCAGGACGAGAAUCGGAAAGAUGACGACCUCACCCCCUUUCAACCGCUCGAAGCCAACAUCCUGGAGCCGAUGCGAUUCAUUCCAGGCUUCCAACAACAUCCUCCUUACCUAGCCGCUUCGAGGCUCGAGAGAGUACUUCCACUUACUGCACCACACAAGUCACGGCUUCACAUCCAGCACGUUCCAUCCCGACGUUACAGGGCUGUCCCGGCAGCCGUGGCCCGCAUUCGAUAUAACAGAAUCAAUGCACUCUCACCUGUGCCGACUAACAUGGCUCUCCUAGACAUCGAGAUAGUUCCUUUCGUACAGAUCGAUGCCACGGUGGAGGUCGUCGAACUUGCACUCAAAAGUGGCCGCGUGGAACCAAUCAUGGUGGACUUUUUACCGAUACAGUGCCAUUCUGGAGACUGCAUCACCAUUAUCCAUAAACUCCAACAGGGUUUGAGUACCAGCGAUUCACCCGGGACAUCUCUUGUAAAUCCCAACAUCGAUAUCCUGUCCAUCAGGGUUCGACUAUCUGUGCAUUCAAGUGAAGAAUGCCGUCCAACGAUUAACAUGGAGUGGACGACGCAUGUGGAUUUCAGCCAAGCCUUGAAUCCCUCGUUUGGCCCUCCUUCACAGCCAAUCCAGAGACCUAACCGACCAACAAGUUUACCUACCGUAACUAGCAAUGACAAUUCGUUACCGCCAAUCGAUAAUGCGUUGAGCCUCCGACCAGCCUCGGAUGUCCUGGCGAGAAGUGGCCUGUCUAUCUCUUUUACUGCUCCUGAGGGUGCGGUUGAGGUAGGCGUGCCAUUCAGCUGGAAAGUCAUAGUCGUCAACAACUCUUUGAAAGUCGCAAAAAUCACCAUUAUACCUUUGCCUCGAAUGCAGAGACAGACGACUCAAGCACAGUCAAUGGCAAAACGACACGCCCCAAAGUCAUCUACGGCAUCCUUCCAUCCGAGCGAGAGACGGCAUACACAAAAUGAAGACGGCGUGGACAUUGCACAGGCAAUUGUGGAUGAAAACGUGGUUUAUGCUAUGCAUCAUUCAAACACGGUUCCUCCGGAGACUGACCUUAUGGCUUUGACGGCCGAGCUGAGGGUCGGCCCCCUUGGCCCAGGACAGUGCCAUGAAAGCGAGAUACAGAUGGUAGCUUUCGACACUGGGUCGUUGAGAGUUGACGCCAUGAGGAUCGUGAAUCUGAUCCGAGAGGCCGAACAAGGCACUGCCACUCCAGGUGUAUUGGUUGACAUCAAGGACUUACCUACAGUCCUCGCCACGAAGUCGGCCUGA